CCUCUAGUAUGGGUGCACCUAAAAUUGAGUGUCUUUCUGAGUAAGGAGAAGCGAAUGACGGAGUCCUGCGGGGGGAGGUACAGGAAACAAAAUGGAAGGGAAUAGAGAUGAAGCAGAAAAAUGUAUAAAAAUUGCGACGAAAGCCCUCGAAGCUGGAGACAAGGACAAAGCGCUGAAGUUUUUAAACAAAGCAGAGAAGCUCUACCCGACUGACAGAGCCAAAGCAUUGCUGGAUGCGUUAACCAAGAAUGGGAGCUCAGCAGGUAACGGUGCAUAUAAAAGGAGGUUCACAGAGAGUUCACAAAGCUCUGGAGCAAAGUCACAGAAAGAUGGGCAAGAGUGUGGUGGGGGAGAAUCUUUAAAAGGGUUCACCAAGGACCAGGUUGAAGGUGUGAAAAGGAUAAAAGGGUGCAAAGACUAUUAUGAAGUCCUUGGUGUCAACAAAGAAGCAAAUGAAGAUGACCUCAAGAAAGCCUACAGGAAGCUUGCACUCAAGUUCCAUCCAGACAAAAAUCAUGCCCCUGGGGCAACAGAGGCCUUUAAAAAGAUUGGUAAUGCAUAUGCAGUGCUAAGCAACUCAGACAAAAGACGGCAGUACGAUUUGACAGGAGGGGAAGAGCCAAGCAGCCCAGCUCACUCACACGGCGGAGGCUUUGACUUCCAUCGGGGCUUUGAGGCUGACAUCACGCCUGAGGAUCUCUUUAACAUGUUCUUUGGAGGUGGUUUUCCUUCUGCAACUGCACACAACGGCAGAACAAGUUACAGUCACCAUGCAGAUUAUCGACAGGAAAGAACAGAAGAAAGGGGAGAUGGUGGUUUCUCAAUGUUUAUCCAGCUAAUGCCCGUCAUCGUCCUGAUUUUAGUUUCAAUACUGAGCCAGAUGAUGGUGCCCACACCUCCUUACAGCCUCUAUUCGAGACCGUCCACUGGUCAAACCUUAAAACGUCAGACGGAAAACCUGCAUGUCGACUACUACGUCACUAAAGAUUUCAAGUCAGAGUAUAAAGGCUCAGCGCUGCAGCAAGUUGAGAAAAAUGUUGAGGAUGAUUAUGUAGCCAAUGUAAGGAACAACUGUUGGAAGGAGAGACAGACAAAGACAGACCUGCUGUACGCUGCAAAAGUAUACAGGGAUGACCGAAUGCGUAAGAAGGCCGAGCUCAUGACCAUGGAUAACUGCAAGGAGCUGGACCGACUAAAUAACUUAUUCAGGGGUGGAUGAUUAGGACAUUUUUAGAUUUAGUAAAUAUAAAUGCAUAGAUGUAUAUGCUCAUGUUUUUUUAAAGAAAGUCUUCACUCUAGAAGCAAAACUUAAAAUGAAUAAAUUAAGUAAUUUGUUGUUCAAUAUUUUAUUAGCAACCAUCUCACCUGCCUCCACCAUCUUUGCUUCUUCAUCACUACUGCUCACUUGAGGAACUGCCUUGUUAGGACCUGUUGAACCAGUAGAAAAACACUAGGUUAAAGACAUCACUUCAUAUUUGCGCAUCUGUGUUUUUUCUGGUUACAACAUGGAUAAAAGACUCUUGUGGAUGAUUCCUUUCGUUAUCAAGCUAUCACCCACUACACCACUGGUGACUUCAGGGACACAUCUGAUGGUUCUGUCCUCCAGAAAAAUCCCAAUCAUCCCAGAAAAAAAGACAAUAUAGAGCAUCAAUCCAUCGGUUUUGCUUCCUCCCUAACCCUCAGUGCAGAUGAGGAUCGGUGGGUAAAGAAAGAUAUCUGUGAUUUUGUUACUUGAACAUUUUUAUGUUGGAAAAAAUGUGACAAUUGUUUAAGAGUUUAUAUGCAGAGACAUUGGAACUUUUAAUCACGAAUGGUUGUUUAUUUUCAUUUGGGAAUGUUUAAAAUAUAUGAACCUAUAGAAGAAAGACGUUUUCUUAGGUGUGCAUCUGAACAUUAAAAUAAACCUAACCUCAGACUGGA